GUUCGCGAAUAUGUAUUUAUUUUAUCUUUUAUGAAAUUUUUGAAAGUUCAAUACCAUAGUUUAUGUUCCUUUUCAAAUCUAAAUUUUCAUAGUUAUAGUGAUUUGUAUUCAAUUUAUGCGUUCUAAAUAAAAUCAGACAUUACAUAGCAUUGGGGUUUUUCAAUAAAUCAUAUGUUAAACGAAACAAAAAAAUCCACAAAAAGGUCGAAGAAUUUAUUAUCUAUUAUAUUGUUCACAAAAUUUAUUUGAUAUUGAUUUGUGAAACACAUUGUUAGGUUACGGAGCACCAUAAAAAGAUAAGACAUGCAAAGAAGUUUGAAAGUAGAAUAAAUAAAAUUUUAAUACAACAGUAAAGAAAAUUUGUGCAUUUCCAUUCAACAUUAAAACAUCAUAUGAAAAUAAGACUUAAUUGCAUUUAAGAUUUAUAUAUACUUAAUAACCAAAAAGCAUUUUUAUUUGAUAAUUUUUUUUGCAUACUUUUGAUCUUAAAAAGAGAUAAACUUUUAUUGCUUCUAGCGAAUUCAUUUACCCUAAAUAGCUCUGUUUUUAUUUAUUAUUGGGACGCGAACACAAAAAAAUUAUUUUAAGCAUCGCUGUAUUGCAGACGCGCUAAGAAUUUGCUUAUAGAAGAUAUGGAGGAAGUACUGUUAUUGUUUACAUUUCUCAAGGACGCGAAUCAAAUCUUAAUAUGUGCCACACCCGUUACGCUUCUUUGGAUAGAACAACUCUUUUUUUACUGACAUUAAUUUUACACUCCACUGAAUCGAAAGCUUUUAUGUUCGAAAGUGAAGAUAAUGAAGGCUUUUUAUUCUCUUUUUGUGUAUGCUCACGUAUAUGAGAAUAACUUCCUCAUGCAUUAUUGCUCAUCAAAAAAGCUCAUCUUCUGGAGCAAUUCAGUUAGCCAUCUUGUUCUUUUUUUCUUUCCUUUUCCACUGUUUACUAGGUUAUUUUUACGAGUUAUUUACAUACAAUUUCAUUUCAGUGGGAAAAAAGUUAUUAAUAAUUUUGCGUACCUUAAUGGUCAUUGUAGAAACAACAAUUCCAGAGUUCAGCCACAAUUGAUUGUUUUUCUGAAAAGAUAUAGUUGUUUCAGAUCGAUUUCCAAGAUGGAUGUUCAGUUCUUCGUGUUCUGUGUUUAUUUCGUUGUGGCGUUCGUCAACUGCAUUGCUGAUAUUGCACCAAAUAUAAAAAGUGGAGAUUAUUACUUAGAAGAAUCGAAAAAUAUGAUACCCCAGGUGCCUUAUAGGUUUCAGUACAAUCAUAAAGAUGAUUUUGGAAAUAUGCAGCACAGAGAAGAAAAUCAAAGUGAAGACGGUGUGGUUCGAGGGAGCUAUGGUUACCGAGAUUCGAAUGGCGUGUAUAGACAUGUUAGUUACGUUGCUGACGCUGGUGGAUUUCACGCGGUUCUUCGAACAAAUGAACCAGGUGUGGCAAAUCGUAACAGUGCUGACGUUGCUGUUGUUGCUCAAGUACCGAAUUAUUCUAUAAAUUCAAGAUAGUGUUGUUAUGCCAGUUUUUUCUAUUCCAUGUGAAGUUUUUGUGAUGAAAUAUUAUCUAGUAAUUGUGUGUGCAGUUUUCUUCCUUCAGUAACUAAAGGAAGCAUACUUGGAUUUUUAGAACUUGUUUUUAACCAUGUUUUAUUUUCAUUUUUUUUUUGCAUUCAAAAUGUUGGUUCUAAUAUUCAAUUAUACAUUGUUUUAAGAUCUCAAAAGAUAUUUCAGACUUCUGUUAAGUUAACUUUCCUUCUCUCUUUGAAAAAUUUCUCUUUCCUAUCAACA